AAUUCUUAUCAACGUAGCACAGUUAGUGAGGACCGUAGUACCGUCCACCGUUCUGUCAUGGCCACGGGUAUAAACCGUAAAGCCAUUAGUCUGGACGCCAAUAUUGUUAUAGUAGGAUGUGGAAUAUCAGGAAUAUCAGCUGCUCAUAAACUUAUUAAAUCUGGGUUUCAUAAUGUCCGGAUACUUGAAGCAACUUCCCGAAGAGGAGGACGAGUAAAAACCGGCAGAUUUGGUGAUAAUGUUGUUGAGAUUGGGGCCAACUGGAUCCAUGGACCAUCCGAGGAGAACCCUGUGUUUUGCCUUGCCCGUCAGUAUGGGCUCUUGGAUCCAGAGGCCCUGACCCCAGAGAAUCAGGCCAUAGAUAUUGGAGGUGAACCUCCCUGGAUCCCCAAUGUCUUCACCAGUUCAGGUCAGAGGCUGCCUCUAGAGGAGUUAGUGCCUGCUAAGGAGAUGUUUGAUACACUGCUGGACGAAUGUUCAGAAUUUGCGACCAAAGGAGGAGAGCCAAAGGCCAGUGUUGGCGAGUUCAUACGGUCAGAGUUGAAACAGCGAGCAGAGGAGGAAUGGAAAGAUGUUGAUGCAAAGACCAGGUCUAUGAGACUGUGUGUGAUCAGCAGCAUCUUUAAGAUUCAAUGCUGCAUAAACGGGACUCACAGCCUGGAUGAAGUGGGCCUGGGGGCCUUUGGUUUAUACAAGACUCUACCUGGACUGGACUGCACAUUUCCAAGGGGUUAUGAAGGGCUUAUCGAAAACCUCAUGUCAGAGCUCCCCAGUGGUUUAGUGACCUACAACCAGCCUGUGCAGUGCGUCUCCUGGAACAGCACAGAUGAUAGAGACAAGCCUGUGAUGGUCGAGUGUGCUGACGGAGAGAGGAUUGCUGCAGAUCAUGUUAUCGUCACAGUUCCUCUAGGAUACCUGAAGAAGCACCAUUCAACCCUGUUCAGUCCUCCUCUGCCUCUGCACAAGCUGCACUCCAUCCAGAGACUGGGUUUUGGAACAAACAAUAAGAUAUUUGUGGAGUUUGAUUCACCGUGGUGGGAUGCUGACUGUGAGGUCAUUCAGUUUGUGUGGGACGACGAGGAUGAGAUAGCGGACCAGGUGCCAGAUUUACGGACAUUCUGGGUGAAGAAGUUGUUUGGUUUUACCAUCCUCAAACCUACUGAAAGGUACGGCCAUGUGCUGUGUGGCUGGAUCGCUGGCCAUGAAUCCGAAUAUAUGGAGACACUGACUGAACAGGAAGUGGCAAACUCCAUCGCACAACUGGUCCGCAGAUUUACAGGGAAUCCUACCCUCACCCCAAGGAGGAUCCUGCGCUCCCAAUGGUUUCAUGACCCCUGGACAUGUGGUUCGUACUCAUUUCCUGGAAGACUGUGUUCAGCACAGGACCUGGAGAACAUGAUGGAGCCCUUACCUUCAAAAGGAUCACAGGCCCAGUGUGUUCAGCCUUUGCAGGUGUUGUUUGCUGGAGAAGCGACUCAUCCAUGCUUCUACUCCACCGUCCAUGGAGCUGUUCUCACCGGAUGGAGAGAAGCUGAUCGGCUAAUCUCUCACUACUCCUCAUCUAGUCCAUCUAUUCCCAAGUCAAACCUUUAAAAGUAAAAUUUGGCAUUCGAAUCACAAAGCACUCUCCUUUUUAAGUGGUUAAGAUGCUUUUUUGUCACAACCUUGUAUCACAGCCUUUAUGAUUCAAAGUCCUCUUCAGGAAGUCGAAACUGAGGACACGUAAAACCAGAAAAAAGUCUGAGUUUGUUUUAAGGUCUGUGUUUAGACAUUCUUACUAUCCAAAAGGGAGUGCCUUGGAGUUAUCCUGUAAUUUUAUUGUUUGCUUUUAUCCCUUCCCCAGGAUUAGCUCAGAGAAAUGCUUUUUGAGUCUAAGAAGGGUUCAAACUUAAUGGUUUUAAAUUUCAACCAUGUCACUGUAUCAGAUAUGUGAAUAAAAUCUGACAGAUCUUUGAACUGUGACUCAGGGUUUAUGUAAGGAUAUCUGGAAGGCAGCUGAGAUUCUCAAGCCAAUAAUGUGUGACAUUGACAUAGUGUAAGGAUGCCAUGUGUAGUUUAUAUAAGGGAAAUAGAGAAAUGAUACAUAAAAUUAAACAUAUUUUCUAAAUCAGUUUAACAAUGCAAGGAUAAGCAGAGUUAUGUGACACUAUUCUUUUUAUUCACCAGAUUGAUUUCCAUACCGUCCAGAAUUUUCUUUUUUUGAUUGUAUAUUUUUAAUGCACUGAUGUAAUUACUGUCAAAUAUCAAUAAAUACAUUUAUAU